AUGGCGUGGCAUGACGCGACAUGCGCAACGCUGGAUCUGGAGUGGGAAGAUGGACAGCCAGGGUGCCGCAAAUGUGAGCGCAAGGCGCCUAAGCUAGCGCCUGUCCAUCCGAUUUCCCCACCUGCACCCCCGCCAGACACACCGCGGUCAGAGCUGAUAUGCACAUGGCCUCCAAGCUUGUUUUCUCAAGGUCAAGCUGGAGGUCAUGGGGACUCAGAUACAUUAGCUCAUAUACUGGCGAACAUUGAUGAAUGGACUGGUACCAGUUCUACACGACCAUCGCAAAGGGAGCUGAAAUCCGACCAGCAAUCCCCGCAGCAGCAGCCACUAAAUCCAAGCGAACCAAAUUCCCUGUUCCAGGGCAUCUAUUCGCGUCUUCCGAAUGCGAACUCCAUUCGUCUCCUACGCCUUCAUGGUAGCGAAGACACCAGCGACCCCGUCUGCGGCACUUUAGAGAAUCAUCGACUUCACGAUCCCUGCCGACCUAUUUUCGAGGCGUUUUCAUAUACUUGGGCAGACUCACAGGGCAAUUCUUCUCUGUGCGAGACCAUUUUUAUUGGCCCACAGUACGAUGUGUUGCCGGUCACGAAGAAUUGUUUGGCGGCGCUUCGACGUUUCAGAACUGCCAUAGACCGACUUGUUUGGGUCGAUGCCAUUUGUAUCAACCAGUUUGACUUGAAAGAGCGUGGACACCAAGUCUCGCUCAUGAAGGACAUAUAUACCUCUGCAGCCAGGGUCCUCAUAUAUUUGGGUGACAGCGACAAUGGGGCAGAAAGCGUUAUCGUACUGCCACAGAAGAACGAUCAAGUCUCCAAAGAUUUUUCUCAAAGUUACACUAUUGACCCUAGAGAAAUCCUGCAAACGCCUUAUUUCUCGCGAAUCUGGGUGAUUCAAGAGGUCAUGCUUAGCAAAGCAGCUAGUGUGACUCAUGGCAACCAUACAAUGCAUUCGGAGGACCUUCUAUCGAGUGUCAAUACUCUCUUUAGUACAACGCGAGCUCAGCAACCUAUGCACUGGGUCCAGCACUUUAAUUCUAUCAAGAUACACGAAAGUCUAUACGAAGUGCUUUUAGCUACCAAAGAUUGCCACUGCGGGGAUUCGCGCGAUCGAAUCUAUGGCUUGAUGGGGCUGGUCGCUGAGGAAGAAGCGGAACGACUACCCAUAGACUACAACAUCAGCGUACAGCAACUAUACACAGGUUUGGCACUGUACUGGCUCACAGGUAGUGAAGAUCGAUCCCGAUCAAGGCGUUCGGAAUUACUCAAGCUUGCUCUACUUCCCAAGGCCACGCCACUCCUGCCUUCUUGGGUUCCAGAUUGGGCACCGCAACUACCUACAGUUGCGAGCUGGGAACGCACACUAUCGACAUCGUCAACGUUUCAGUUCGACACUACGCUUCUGCGCAGACCUUCGGGAUUGCAUUGGUCCCGGUCAUUCGAUUCAUCCCUGAUUAAACGUAAUGAACGUAAAUCUCAUUGGGAAUGGCACACAUACCCUUUCUCGGCACCAGUGCCAGUCGAGCCUUUCAAGCUCUUACCGCGGAGUGGUGUGCUGGCGCUUGAUGCCGGUCAUAUCUUCUCGACAUCGAUGGGUAAAAUAGAACUUACGGAUGCACAUGGAAAGCUACUGCACGGUUUGCAGGUCGCCAGUUCACGAGCGUUCGGCCUGGACCAAGAAAGCUUUGGUGAACAUGAUCUCCACACAUAUUAUCUUCCCAAUUUCGAAGUAGCUGUCGUCUUGAAGAAGCACUCGGAUAGAGUUUACAGUCUUCAUGACUUGUUUUGUAUACUGUCAGCACCUCUGAAUCGACAAAUUUCACCAAAUCUUAACGACAUAAUCAAUUUCCACUCGUAUCUCGUGGAACUCGAGUUUCACAUCGUCGACGAUUGGUUGAUGAAUUCAUUCUUCUAUGGAGUGUGCGCUGGCUCUGCCUACGCUCACACCCGCAUCCGAAACGACUGGUCGAAGCAUUUCCCGUUGGCAUCAGCGCUCUGCCAAGCCUCUAGAUUGUCAUUCGGCAUGCUUUAUGGAGAAUUACACAAGCAAUCAGUUCUACCGGUCAUGAUGGAGAUAUGUGAGGACGUUUUGGCCUUUCUCGAUGAAGAUCCGGUCCCCAAAAAGUCCGCUUUACUCAGCAGACGAUGGUCUGAUUCCUUCUGCCCCGGUGAUCAUUAUAUCUCAUCAUUGGGAGAUGCAGACCUUGCUGAUCGUGUUGAAGAAGUUCUAGUAACCAGAAAGUCUGAAACUCCAUCCCCGCAAGAGAUGUGUACAUAUUUGCGGAAUGUAGUGAAAGGUCACCAGGACUCGUGUAAACAGUGUGUGCCUCUCCAAACAGCACUGUUCGACCUCAAAUAUGAUGUAAAUCGACUCUCCAUGCUUGUGACCAUAGGAAAGAGCCCAAGACAUCCAAUUCCUCUGCUUCUAUCCGAUAGGGAGAUAGUUCCAUCACAGACCGCCGAUCAAACAGAGCAGCUAUACCAGAUCACCCAAGCUUUCAUCGUAUGGAGGGCUCGGUCGCUAUUAUCGAGGCUCACGAUCGACCCGAAAUUCACGCUCGAGCAAAACUUCAACAUUUUAUGGAUAUACGUGUCGACAAUGGACAUGGUAGCACGGCUACGUGGAAUACUACAACAGCGGCUUAUUCUGAAGGCCAUUCAAAAUAAGAUGAUGAAUCGACAAAAAAUACAUAUCAUCUAG